CCCCAGACGCAGGGGAAUAUCGUUUAGCAGAAAGUCCAUGCGGAGAACCGCCUGACUUCUCACUCUUUCCUCGCGGCCAGCUCAAUAAAACCCAUUAUAAGUAGGACACGAGAGUCUGUUUGCUGAAAUUUGUUCUAUGUUGUGGCCGAUCCGGAUCUCCAAAGCUAGAGCGACAUCGAUCUAACUUUCAUUGAACGGUCAGGGCGCGAUACGAAGCAUUGGGUCCUUCCCGCACCCGCAUUGACCACCGCCAAAAGCCAAAAUGUCGAAGGCAGUCCAAUUAGUCACGACACUGACGCCGAUGGACGGGAAGAAGGACGAUGUCCUAAAGAUCAUCACUGAUAUGGCUGUGGAAGUCGAAGAACAGGAGGCUGGGUGCCUUGGGGUGGAUGUAAUGUGGCACGACGACACCGACACAUUCAUUCUCGUCGAAAGGUUUAAAGAUCAGGCGGCGUUCGAGUUUCAUUUUAAGCAGCCGUACGUGGUGGCGUUCAAGAAGAGCCCGGUAGCCCUUACCUGCCUCGAGGCUAUGGAUGUUAAGAUUUGUUCGGUGGCUCCGGGUACUUUCAGUAGAUGAAUGGUCUUUUGUUCUUCACGAGUUUCUGUUCAUGCUGUUCUCUGUUUUCCUUU